AUGGAUGUCCCCGUCAAGCGUGGAUCUCGAGUGCGGGAUCAUUUGAACCUGGAGCGUGUGCUGGAGCUCGUCCGUGAAGUGGAGGUGGCCAAAAAGUACAACGCCUCUGAGGGGUUGCAAGGGGAUGAUGACCAAUACGAGUCUGCCAGCUUGAAACGGGCCUGGAACAACUUAAAGGUUCGAGCUCGGAAGAAAAAAUCUGCGUUUGUCAAAGACCUCAAAAAGACGGGUGGGGGUCCACCACCCUCGCGGAGAUUGAGCCAUUUUGACCGGAAAGUAUUGGCUGAAGCGGGAGAUCGGACUGAAUUUGAGUCCAAUUUUGAUUCUGAGAGUCAGUUUGACCGGGCUGUCCAAGAACGAAGUGAAGCGAUAGCGCUGCGUGACGAGACUGACUACGAGGAGAUUCAAGAGGUGGAACCUUGCAUUGCGGAGAUUCGGCUCGAGAAUUGCCUGGAACAAGACCUGGUUCUUGUUGAGGAAGGUCAGCCUCUGUCAUUCCAGCUUCUACCAAUCGGUGUUGAUGCCGCCAACAAGGAAUCUGAUCCAAGCCCACGACAGAAGGACCUAUGCCAACAGUUGACGUCUUAUUCAUUAUUGUCCAUAGCCAAGGACCCUGCUAUCUCGUUCUACUUGAACCCUGAACAAGGCCAACUCCAAUCGGAAGACUUGACUGAUGUGACCCCGCAACUGUCAUUGCCUCCUUCGUCACCACCUCGUUCGUCACCACCUCGUUCAAUUGCUUCAACAUCAAGAAACCGCUCGUCAAGGGCCCUUCAAUCUGAAGAGGAGCUAGUUGAUCCAGAAUUUGGCAGCGCUGGUGUUCGUAUUGCCACGAAAAAAGCCAGGGCCCCAUCCACACUCGCCGGGCGAUACUUCGAAGAUCGCUCCAAUAUGGAAGCAAAUUGGCAAUCUGAACAGCACAAGGUCAAAAUGGAAAUUUUGGCUCUGGAAAAGGCGGCGGGCUUAAUCUACAAGCAAACGUUGAAGAAUAAAUCGCGGCAUGAAGACACAGCAUUCAAGAUGAGGACUCGCCACAACCAACAACUCUUUGAAAUCGAGCGUCAAAAGAUGGCCGACUUGGCUCAAAUGGAUGUCCUGGUUGCUAAAUUCAGAGUGAGGAAGGAGCAUGCCUUGGCAGUCCAAGCGGAGAAGGCCGCGGGGUUGGAGCCAAGUGCUUUGCUUGACAGCGACAUGACUUUAACCAAUGUUAAAUAUUAGUUACAUCGUCCUAUUUCUUCCCGCUCCCCACCCCACCCCCCUUGCAUUUGUACUUUUUGGCCAUGACCACCUGGCAAUACAUUUUCGAAUUAGUAUAGA